UACAUGAUAACAUUACCUCAAUUAUCCCUUCCCAGAAGAAUUCAGGGCAGAAACCUAGCUGCAACUAUAAGUAGUAACGAUCAAUAUUUGAUCAAUACAUGAACUCUUCUUUCAUCUAUGUUCACGUGUUUGUACAGUCUGUUGUCUUUAGCCUAUUUUGAGCUGUAUCAUUUCGUUUAUCAAUAGACAAAAAUAAUUACAUUUUUAGACUAUGUAUAAUGUACACAGAAGAAUAACUAUGCACGGGAGCAUCACACUAGGUGAAAAACGUUUCGUAUGGGAUGAAGUUAACAACUGUUUGAACUUGUUGGGAGCUCCAAAGCGGGAAAGUGAACAGUUAGGAAAGGGUCACCGAAAGCGCAUUCAAAAUUUUCACAAGUCCGAAGUCUACUGUCCCCACUCGUAUCUAGAGUUGACAUUUGCCGAGACAUUGGAUUUGAGAGAUAAGAUCAAAUUUCGGAGGAACUUCUUGCGAAAAGUAACACCAACAGAACCUAAUAUAAUUAUCCUUCAGGACAUUAAGGAUUUGGUAAUGUUCCUUGUGGUCAAUCCGAUCAGUGUGGAGUUCAUCAACUUCUUUCAUGAGGCAAUGGUUGAUCGGUUUCUAAGGUCCCUUAUAAUAUACUUCCAAUACUACAUAGAAAUAUGGGAAGAUUUAUGCCAGAAAAGAGCAGCGACGGCAAAGAAAGCCCCGAAUCCUGGAGCAUCCGGUAGCCGAAGUAGGCAGGCCGAUGAGAUGCAUACGUUGAGAACCUUAGUUGGCAAAGAAUAUUGCGAUAUAUUAAUCGGGGCUAAGAAUACCCUUCCCUAUCAUCACAUGGUCGCUAACAAAAAAUCUUCAAGCGACGAGCCCUCUGGACAAUCUCAAGGAGAGAAAGAUCUGAGAAUUUAUGAAACUCUGAUCAGAAUGGCGCAUAAAGUUGUUUGGAUUGCGUUACAACGGAAGUAUUCUGGUCUAAUUGAAAUAGAGAUGCACCGUUUGUUCAGAACAGAUUCAUUUAAUACAGCAAAACGUACGUGUGGUAGCCUGAUGAUGGAAGAUAUGCCGGAAGAUGAAGUUCGAGUUUUACAAGGCGAGCCUAUACCUGCGAAAAGAAAACUCCUUAGGAACUCUCCGUUGCCGUAUCAAAUCAUAAACAGGAAUUGUGACUAUCGAGCCUUGUCGAUAGGAAUUCCAAAUUUUGAAACUAAUGACCCAAGAAUUAAAUACUUGGAAAAAGCUUUGCUGGCUGACGAAGAAAAAUUACAAGAAGUAGGAAUAAAAAUCGGUAUAUUAGGUCAACCACGUACCGAUUAUGACUUGAUGCUCAUGCGGAGAAGUUCCGAAGAAGAUAACUCCGAUGAGCAGACAGGUGUUGACAUAGAAAAAGAAAGGUGGGAGAAAAGAGACUCUGAAGGGAUUCAAAGAAAAAUUCAAUUGCACGAGGAAACAGAAAUAAAAGCAAUGCCUGAGUGCGGAGAUGAUCCGGAGUUGAUCGCGGAGUAUCCACUGGAACCUGGCCUUGUGGAGUGUGGCGGUAGUCAGGCAGCAAGAGAAGAGGCGUGUAAAAAGUGGGUCGCAAGAGCCCUCAAACAUUCCAGUAACAACCACACCGAUACAGUUUCAAUAGAGUCCGGUGACUAGGCAAUGUGAACAGGAGUUAAAAGAGAAUCUGUGUUCCAACCGCUCAUAUCUGAGUCUCGGCUCUUUGUUAAAAGCUGAGAGGGAAUUGUGGCAGCACUGAUCAAUAGACAGUUCGACGAGAAAGAUUUAAUGCACAUUUGCUAACAUGGCGUACUUGUGGCACUGAGCCCUGUGUAAAGGUUUCAAGGAAUGACUCAUACCAAAAUAUAUAUAUGAAAAU